CAGCUCAGCACUACGCCGGGAACAUCCUCAUCCUCAUCCUCAUCCCUCGCCUCUACUCUUCAUUCUUCUGCUCCCAUCACUUCAAGAAAUACUACCAUCGACAUGUCUGUCUCCUCAAGCAGAGUUCCUCUGACGGCCAGGCCCAAGGAUCUUAUCAUGUUUAUUUACUUUGCUAUGCAUAUCCCAACUACGGCCCUGGUCGACGUGGUUCCACUCUACCCAGCGUCCGUGGCCCCAUACAUCCAGCCAUUGAUCAAGCUCAAUGAGUACUACGUUGAUACCUAUAGAGACCCUUUCAUCGCCGACAGGUCGCUGGUUUGGUUUAACACCUUCCUGCACAUGGAGGGAUUGAUCCAGCUGCCCAUGUUCAUCUACUGUGCUUGGGCGCUGUACCAUAACAAGAGGAGCGUCGCCUUGUGGAUCUGUAUCUACUCGGCCCAUGUCAUCACGACGGUUCUGCCAUGUCUUACUACACUGAACUUCGGCAAGCCCAGCGAUUUCCCGUUCCAUAUCACGGACGCGCAAAAGCUAUUUCUGACAUCCUUGUAUACGCCCUGGGUUGUAUUCCCUCUAUGGAUGCUCUACGAGUCCUUCCAGCGCGUCCGAUCUUACGAACAAGGGCCUGUGUCCUUUAAGGGUACCAAGAAGCAGCAAUGACGACGGGCAUGACGACGGGCAUGACGACGGGGCAUGAUGCUGGACGCCAUAUAGCUGCUGCAGUCGCAAUGUUGCAGAGAGAGAACGUUGAAAAUAAACCAUUGCUCGGCUUAUCGACCUAUUCCAAUUGUCACCUAGCCUCGUUUCUUAUUUUUAUA